AUGGAAGUAGAGGAAGGCGACAUGGAAGAUGUUCAAGUACAUGAUUUGAAAUCACCUACUAGUCCUAAAUCUCUACCAAAGGACAUUCAAACUACAACAACUAUACAAGAAGAGAAGGAAAUUAUUGACGACGAUCUAAUGGAAGACUCGGAUACAGAAGAGGUCAAUUGGGACCAAUUACAAAAGACUGAAGAUGAAGAAGUCAAAGAUCAAGACGAUAAUUCUACAGCAUUGCUAUUGGCACGACUCGAACAAGAGAAUAAUAAAAUCGCUACAAAUCCAAAAAGUGUCAAAGUAAAGGUAGUCGAACAACCUCCAAUCCGCCGGCCGAGACCACCAUCCAUGGCACAAAUGCGGGACAUGGUGAACGCACCUCCAUCUACAGCUCUACGAUAUUCUGUUCUCCCUCCCCCGCCGAUGACUGAUCUCGAAUUCUAUAUGGCCCUCGUCAAAGACUAUCAGCAGACGGCUGCCCGACUUCCUACUUUACUAUCUAAGAAGAUUCGAAAAGGAGUACCACCUCCGCUUCGAGGGGUUGUGUGGCAGAGUAUGGCGAGCGCCCGCGAUAGUUAUCUCUUGGAGGAAUUCGAAAGGCUCAGCGGCGAGUCGAGUCCUUAUGAAGGCAUCAUCGGCAAGGACCUGGGUAGAAGCUUUCCUGGCGUGGAUAUGUUCCGAGACCCAGACGGCGACGGUCAACGAAUGCUUGGAAGAGUUCUCAAAUGUUUUAGUCUCUACGAUACGAAGAUUGGAUACUGUCAAGGACUUGCUUUCCUAGUAGGCCCUCUGCUGAUGCACAUGCCGGAUAGUCAAGCUUUCUGCGUCUUAGUCCGGCUGAUGGAAUAUUAUGACCUACGAUCGUGUUUCUUACCCGACUUGUCAGGUCUGCAUGUCCGUAUCUAUCAGUUCCGAGAACUACUCAAACAGCAUUUACCCACAUUAUCGAACCAUCUAGAGGAUCUCCAAGUUGAUCCAGCCUAUGUUUCACAGUGGUUCCUCUCAUUUUUUGCGGUAACAUGCCCCUUGCCAAUGCUGUUUCGGAUCUACGAUGUUAUAUUUGCCGAAGGUGCGUCGGAAACGAUCAUGCGGGUAGCCCUGUCACUUAUGCGAAAGAACAAGAGCCGCAUCUUGGCCUGUACUGAGAUGGAGGAUGUCAUGCAGCUCCUUUUAUCUCGUGGUUUGUGGGACUGUUAUCAUUACAAUGCCGAUGAAUUUGUCGAUGAUUUCGUUAGCUUAUCUGGGGUCGUAUCGAGAGAGAAAUUAGCACAACUAGAACAGGGGUAUCGCGAGGAAAAGAUCGCCAGUGCCAAUGCCGCGCGAACGGCCGAUGUUACCACAGCUGCCUCCCGCUUUUUGGGACGUUUAUGGGCUACGAGCAUCUCCUCCCCGAAAUCUGGAACUCUUUCUCCAGGUUUUGCCGCACCUUUGAGACCGUUAAGUAUGUUACGCCGAAGUGCAUCGAAACAGAGCCUGGCCUCGACAUUGAAUUCAAUGGAAGCCAGUUCUUCUAGCGUCCUUAGUUCGGCAUCCACCGACGCUACUACUAUUUCUCGCGAUUCUACUUCUAAUGCUGACGAUUCGUCAAUUCGCGAAUCAACACCAGUCGUUGCAAAGCAACAAUCUAGUCGCAACGCCGCCGACAGGAAUCUGCACACUCAGAUCGAAGAUCUCCUUACCGCCCUUAGCGAAUUGCAACGAAACCAUGCACUAUUAGCUACGCAGCUUCAACAAGAAAGGGAGGAAAGGGAUGAGGACAAGAAGGCUGUAAAGUCAUUGCUGGAUGGAUUGAAGAAAGACAAGGCCAACAACGAGACGACCGAGACUACAGAGAAUAAUAAAGAUGUCGAUGACAAAACAGAAGAUGAAGGCGACGGAGGAGAGGCACCUGCUCAGAAUCAGCUGUCUCUAUUGCUAGAAGCAGUUGAGGGUCGCUUUUGCAAUGAAGGACGCGAGCGCUCCGAGUCGUCAGUGCUAACAAAGACACAACUCCGUGACGAGCUAUCCAGAGCUAAAGAUAAUCUCAAAAUCGAGAUGUCCAAAUCUCUAGAAUUCAAUCGGCGCAUUGAAGAACUUGGACAGGAGGCGAACACGCUACGAGAGCAACUUCGAGAAAGUCACACUCAUGUUCGAAACCUCCACCAGGAUAAGCAACGUCUUGAGAAACAGGUCCAUACUAUGCGUGUGCGAGCUUCAUCUGAGACGGUCGGGCCCGAGUCUGGAGGGUGGUUUUCGUCGGGAAAUAACCUGACUGCUAACAGCGCCACCGGUGGCGGGGCUGGCCGUGGUCUCCGGGAGUUCAAGCUCGGACGUAGCAAGUCAACACCCAACACACAGUUGGCCUUUGGUCAGCGUUCCGGAUCAUUAUUAAGGACGCAAACAGAGCCUCUCGUAUCAAGCGAACAUGAUGCACUCAUUCUAGAGCUGGUACAAGCUAAAACUGCUGAAGCAGUGGCUCGUCAAGAAGCCGACGAGUACAAGCAGAAGCUCGAGAGCCUACGAAAGGCUUACGGGCUUGGUCCAGCCGAUUCUUCUACAACAACAGUGGCCUCGACUGCAAUGGGGAUGAUCGGGCGGUUCACGGCUACAGUGUCAGAAGCAGGCAAUGGUACUAAGAGUGCUCCUGCCACCACACCGACAUUGACAGCGACACCUGCCACUAAUAAUGGUAGUUUCUGGGGCUGGCGACGAUAA